AUGCCACAGACUCUGCUGCCAUCUCCUGAGGACAAGAGAAAUGAUGCAGCCUCCUUUGCCACAUUAAUCUUUUCUAAAAUGGGGAAUAAUGGGUGAUGGUUGAGCCAGAAAAAUAACUUUUAUCCAAGUGCAAAUGAUUCAGAGCUUGAAGAGCCUUCCCAUUUGGCAAGCAUUAGAAGUGUUCAGACCAAUAAUCUGAGAAGGCGCUAGAUAUUUUUACCCGGAGGAGGAAAGGACAGGAGAAGUCGGAUGUUCAUAUUUGUUUGGGAAUUGAUAAUAGAGAAGUGCAGUACCUCCUUGCAUCCCUUCGGCUCUGAGGCAGACAAUGUUAGGAUCACUUUCUGCUCCCUGCUGAAAGAGGGGAAGGUCAGAAGUUACCUAUGUGGGAGUUUUAGAGCAGCAAAAGUUUGUCGGGAGGGAGAUCUGAAGUGCGGAAGUGGGGGGGAAGAGAGAAGCUGUCUAUGCAUAGAAGAAUUGCUCGGUAUUUGGAGACUCUUGGACUUGAAGACCUGAGAGCGGAGAAGCACGGCAUUGAAAUGGGUAGCCGGAUCGAGCUGGGAGAUGUGACGCCACACAACAUUAAGCAGCUGAAGAGGCUAAACCAGGUCAUUUUUCCUGUCAGCUACAAUGACAAGUUCUACAAGGAUGUACUGGAGGUUGGCGAACUAGCCAAAUUAGCCUAUUUCAAUGAUAUUGCAGUGGGAGCAGUGUGCUGUAGGGUGGAUCACUCCCAGAACCAGAAGAGACUGUACAUCAUGACACUCGGAUGCCUGGCACCCUACCGAAGGCUAGGAAUAGGAACUAAAAUGUUGAAUCAUGUCUUAAACAUCUGUGAAAAAGAUGGCACUUUUGACAACAUCUAUCUGCAUGUCCAGAUCAGCAAUGAGUCCGCAAUUGACUUCUACAGAAAGUUUGGCUUUGAGAUCAUUGAGACGAAGAAAAACUACUACAAGAGGAUAGAGCCCGCAGAUGCUCACGUGCUGCAGAAAAACCUCAAAGCCCCUUGUCUUGGCCAGAACGCAGAUGUGCAAAAGACCGACAACUGAACAAAACCCCAACGAACACUUUCUUGCACUUGCUUGUCGCCAAAUAAGGAAAGAGAGGCCUCUUGAUUUUUUCUUUUUCUUUUUUUUUUUACUCCAUCCCUUCAUCCUCUUGUUUUUUUUUUUUUCUUGACCUCUCUCCAACAAAAUGUAAUGCUUCUUCCAAGGAUUGUCCAAUCAUGUUUGGGGUUGGUUUUUUUUUUUUUUGAGCUCUCCUUUCUGGGUUUUUUUGUUUGUUUGUUUUGGGUUUUUGUUUUUGGUUUUUUUGGGGUGGGAAAAGGUGUGCAGAUCUUUUAAGUUUGAGGUGUGGAGGGCUUGAGCAGGUUAUCCUGAUAACAAGUUUCCUUCAGAAUUAUCUCUUUCAGUAAGCAGAAUGUAAAUCCAAUGGGGGGGGAAAGGAAAAGCAAUAUCUUGUCCUUUGACUCCUACAUUAUUGUGUUUUUUAUAACCUACAGGGUACUUUACUCCCCCCCAACCUUUGAAUGUUACUUCAGUACUUCCCACUCUUCCUCUUAAUUCCCCCACCUCAAAAAAAGUAUGUUUAGUUCUUCCCAAUAUUUUUGAGUAUUGCUUUUUCCUCCAUCUGUUGCUGAGAAGGGCGGGCUACUUUACCAUACCUUUUCACUCUGCCUGGGCUGAUCUUUUUGAAUGCUUUUUUUAAAUACUCCUCACCCAAGCUGGUGCUACACUUCUUAACUGACUGAGAGGAGGGCUUAGAGUGGUCUUUGGUUUUUUCUUAUUUUCAUUUACCCAACUCCCAGCAGACUUCUGCCAGAGUAAGAGCUAGAUCUGUUGUUGGCAAGAGUAACCUUGUAAAAAUAUGAAUCCUGAAGCAAGACCCUUGCUUUAAAAAUGGGUGAAUUGCUGUAGGGCUCACUGAGAGUUAGUUUUAGCUGUGUUGUUGGGAUGGGAAAAGUGACUGUGACCACGUUACCAGCUUUGAUCACAUAAGGCAAGCACCCAUCUCCAGAUAAAUUUGUUACAGCUACUAAAUCUGCGGUGACACAUCUGAGAUGAGGCAAGGGUUGAGGAAACCAGGCAGCAAGGCUGAGAAGGUAAACGUGAAUCUGACCCUAAUCACAUAGCUUUGCAGGGGUCUCCUGGAUUUGCUUGGGAUUGGCUUGGCUUGCUGUGUUUAUGUGCUCCUUUGGGAAGAGGUAGUGAAGAACUGCACAGUUUGCUCCUUUGAAGAUUAUUUUCCCCUUUCCCCGUUCAGUGGUAAUAAUGCAGUUCCCCUCUCGUGAGAGGGUGUUCAUGGAGCACCAGAGAAAAGUGGCAUAUAUUAGAGCAUUUUAUGGGUUUGGAAAAUAGGCUGACUGGCUUCUUCCUAGUACUGUAACCUCAAAGCUACAGUAAACUCUACUAAGCUCUGCUUUGCAUCCUUUCAUGCUUUGUUUGCGUGAAUAUCAGUGCUUCUUUCUAUGCACUGUUGCCAGCAAUUUUAUGUAUGCCAAUACAAAUACCAACUUGGGCUUGGACUCUUCUCCAAGCACCUGGGAAAGUGCACUGAGCUGAGACAACACCAACCUGCCCCAUCCCCCAAGUAGAUAUUGAACUGCAUUCCUUUCCUGUUUGUUUUUUAAAGUUUAAAUCCGCAUCUUGAAUUCAUCUGCUUUGAAAGCCUCCAACCUAUAGUGCGCAUUGCAGCAUACAUCUGGUUAGUAGGUGCUGUCCGGUCACUUGAGGGUGACUUGGGAACCAAGGAUUUCAAGACGGGAGUUGUGGUGAGGCAAGGGAUGGCACCCCUCAUUGCACAUUAUGUGGUCUUUGAUACCCGAGGGGGGAUUAUACAAGCUGCUCCAGAAUUACUCCUCCUUUCCCAGAGGUGCGUAGUGUUUGUUGGAGUGCAUCUUGACAGACCUAUGCUGGAAAACGGCUACUUUAUUUGCUGGGUUUGCACUAAUUGAGUCUUAGGGAUGGGCAGAUCGCUAACAACAAAAGCCCCUCCGCACGGCCUGAGCACCUGUGUUUGCAACACUUGGUGGCAGACUCUGGCUAGAAAGAUGCAAACAGUUUCCUUGGCCAGAGGCAGCCUAGUUUUGACAAAAGCUUAUUUUUAGUACUGCUAGGACCUGCUCGCACUGGUUAUGUUGGCAAUUCCAGCAUCUUUCUAGAAGGGGAUGUAUUGAAGCACAAUUAGCUUGUCAUAUGCCAACAUAGUUUCCCUGGCCAUCUGUAGACCAAACCAAGAGAAGUACGCAGAGAGAGAGCGAGAGAUAGUAUUGUAUUUGAGGAUGUUUGUGCAGCACAGCUGUAACUCAGACCAUAGCUGCCUCUGGUGCCAAGCAAAGUGCUCUUCAUUCUUCUAGAACUAAGUGGUAAGUGUUUGGGUUGGGUAGAUGGGUGUGGGGAUAUGAACUCUUAGGAUUUGCUGUUGUCGUAGGCUUCCACAAAUCGGUGUGUUUCACAGACAGUUUUCCUUCAGGUUUAAAAGUACGAGUCUGAUGUCUGAACUUACUUGGAUUAACCUUUGUUUCUGUCUCUUUUUGCUUUGGGCUGCCAUCAUUCUAUGAAUGUAUCCCUGAAAACAAUUCGUAAAGCUCCUAUUCCACAGCAAACCUGCCUCAUUGUAACUUCUGCUAAAAUGUUUUGUAGGAGGUGGAAGAGAGAGUAACCACAAAUCUAAGGUUCCUUUUCCCAGGCUAUUAAUCCUGGAAAACGGUUGUUGAAUCUUGAAUACAAGGUUUAAUCUAAAUCUCAUAAAAAGCUGUGUUCCCUGUACAUGGAUAAGGGCAAGUGAAGGUCAGUAGUUCUGGAUGACAAACAGUUGUAUUCUAUUAGUGCAUCAGCUGUGUUGAGUGUGGGGGGAGAAUGCUGUAUCUUAGUGCUGUUAUCCAGAGACACUGAAAUUGUGUGAAGUAUGGGCUUAUGGCAGUAACUUCACUUACUUUGGCUGUUGCUGCAGCAGGAUCUCCUUUUAGCUUGAAAAUAACAGCUUAUGAACAACUAAAUUUUUUAAAAGUUGGGAGUUUCAGUGGGGAAAAAAAAAACCAAACAAAACACUGGCACUUCCUAUUCUGGAUGAAGAUCUAGCAAGAAAAAUGUAUGUGACUAACAGCUUUAGAGUGUAAAUUGUGUAUAUACAAGUUAUUCCUGAAUCUCUGCAACUGGUUUUGUGAUACAUCGGUUGAAGUAUGAAGAUAUUAUCUACAAAAAGACUCCUACUGGAGGAAACCAUGGUACAGGGGAAAAAGAAUCAUCCAGGAGAGAUAUCCCUCAUUUUUGGGAGGGGGAAGGGAGAGAUUUUAUUUUGUGUAUAAGAAACUGGCUGAGUUUACAUGAUGCAGCUAAUGGUUAAACCUGCCAACUAAAUAUGACAUACUGUUAUGACUGAAACAAACUUAUGUGUUAUUUCGUUAAAAUCUUGAUGGUGCCCUGUGUCUAGUAAAAAUUUGAUCCCCCAAAUUGUUUUAUUCUCCCCCAUCUUGUAAUCCAGGGUCAGCUGCUAUGCACAAAGUCUGUGUUUUGUAAAGUGUUUGCUGACUUGGAUGUUUCUUUUGAAUCUGCAACUGCUUCCUGAUUAAUUUGGCUAAGACCACCCCUGGUCUCUUGAGUUAAGAUUUAGGCAAAGGUAUGCUGUAUGCAGUUUACAGAUGCAUUCUCAAUGUUACAAGUUAAGUUGCAGGGGGAGCAAAUUCUUUACAAUAAGAUGGUCCAUUUUUAAUCUUUAUCAUUGCCCUUGUUGUACAUCAGGAGCAUGUUUUUGUUUUUCUCAAACUCUUUAGAAAUACCAUUCAGAAUAAACGUGCACUAUUUGAGUUAUGUCAUUUA